AUGUCGUUAUUAUCAAUAACUGUGCCAAUUAUUCGAUCAGUAUUUUCACGAUGGACAGCUUUACAAAUAGCUGUAACCCAUUCGAUGGGUGGUCCAGAUAGUGAAGCAAAAUAUGAAGCAUUUAUUGAUACAUUUGGACAAUAUCUUACACGAAAUGUUCGAUCAGCAUCAUCAAUGUCUCUCAAUGAAAAUGAUAUUCAAGAAUAUCUCGAUGAAGUACUUGAUGAAGAAUUUAAUACAGUUUUAGAUGAUGAUUCUAGUCGUGAAUUAUCACAAUUAUUUGUUCGUUAUAUUAGUUUAAUUUUACAAGGCAAAUUGAAUGAUGUUCAACAAGAAUUACAAACACAGCAUGCGAAUGCGCCACCAGUACAAAUGUCGGUUAAACAUAAAAAUGAUGAUGAUGAUGACAGUUCAUCAUCUAGUGAGAGUGAAGAUGAUAUGAUAGAAGAAGAAGAAGAAGAACCUAAAGUAGAAAAACCAAAGGAACAAUCGAUGGAUGUCGAUGAAGAUGACUGGACAACCGUUCGCCGACGCAGUGGAGGAAAAAAAUAA